CAAAAAGAGAAACUCGAUUUCAAAUUUUGAAUCUUGUAACGGCCAAAGCUUCAAUACCUUCUCUCUAUAACCUUCUUCUUCUUCCUUCCCCCAAACUCACAGAACCUCACACUCAAAAAAUGGCGUCACUCGCUCCCGGAAUCCUCCUAAAACUCCUGCAAUGUAUGAGCUCCAACACACGCCCCACCGGAGACCACAGAUCCGCCACACUACAAGUCACCGGGAUCGUUCCAGCUCUCGCCGGCUCCGAUUUAUGGCCCAAUCAAGGGUUCUUCGUUCAAAUAUCGGAUUCUUUAAACUCCACUUAUGUCUCUCUCUCUGAACGAGACACAGAUCUAAUCCUUAGUAACCGUCUCCAGCUAGGUCAAUUUAUCUACCUAGAACGGCUCGAGUUCGCGACUCCAGUCCCACGCGCCGCCGGAAUCCGCCCCGUUGCUGGUCGUCAUGCCUUCGUCGGAACACCGGAGCCCUUAAUCGCACGUGUAUGUAACGGAUCCAAACGAGAUUUCGUGAUUCAACCAGUUUCUGACUCGGAGUACUCUCUUGAUCCUAUCGCUGUUUACCUAAACAAUAGAAGAUCCGAGGAUAACAACGGCAACGGCGGCGACGUAGAUGUUCCAAAAAGGGAAGCCCUUGCUCCGGUGAACCAAAACGAAAUUCGUAAACAGAAAACGACGCCGCAGAGGUUCUCGUCACCAGCAUCGUCAAAACGGUCAGUCUCAUCGAUGAAGAAGAAUAGCUCCGGUGGUAUGACGGCGGCGGCGGCGGCGGUGGAGAGAGAUCCGUCGCCUGCUGUUUCUGGUAAAGGGAGGAGAUCUGCUUCUCCGGUGCCGUCGAAAUGUGUGGUGCCGAGUCUUGCUGCAGCGCGUGAGGAGCAGAGAAGAGUUGCAAGAGAGUCAGCGAUUGUUGUGCCGUCUAGGUAUAGGCAACCGUCACCUAAUGGGAGGAAGAUGAAUCCAUCGCCUAGUGGAAGAAGAAUGUCGAUCUCACCUGGACGUAGGCUUUCUACUGGUUUGAAGAUGUCUCCUAUGGUUGUAGAUUCUUCAGGGAAGAAGAAGAUGGCUGCGAUGGCUGCUGGAAUCUCCAAAGCUUCAGAGGCUUUAGCCUGUGGUUCUUCGGCUAAGAAUCGAAAGAAUUGGGAUGAACCAUUAGCUGCUGAUGGAAAUGCUCAAGUUGAACACAAGGAGAAGAGUUGUGUUAAGAAUAAGCCUGAUCAUCAAGCAAUUUUGCGUACUCAGGCUGCUAUGUCGAGGCGGCUCAGUGAUGCGAAUAGGCGGAAGAGUGAUUCUUCAUCUUCAGCGUGUGAAGAGAAAGCCAAGUCGUGCUCAUCAGAGACUAGUAUACUAGAAGAAGUCUCAGCCUUUGGAGGAGUUGGGAUCACUUAUCAUGAACGUAAAUGGACUGAUGGUAGUGUUCCACUGGAUAGUAGUACCUCAGAGGAACUUGCAAAACUUGGAAAGGAAGCUAUGCAAAGAAGAGACUUUGCUGCUAAAGCUGCAGCUCGGGCGUUGGAAGAAGCAAAUGCCAACGAGUGCAUCAUAAGAUGUUUAAGUAAAUUCUCGGAACUUUGUUUAGCCUCCAAGGUGGGGAAUCCUUUGCAAAUCAUCAACCAGUUUUUGACAAUCUAUGAAGAUGUCGUGAAAUACAGUAAGAUAGCUUCAGAAAACAGUUUCAGCUCGUCGUCUGAUCAACAAAACCCAAUCUCUCUAUGGGUUGAAGCUGCGUUAGCUACUAACCUCAGUGUAGUCUCACUAGUGAAAAACCAGAACAGCCACGAAUCACCAUUGUCUCUGAAGAAAUCAAUGCCUACUCGUCUCUCUCCCGGACCACCCUCUGUCAAGACAGACAAUAUUGUUGGGAUGUGGACAGACAUAGAUGGAUUGAAGGAAACAGCUAAAUUCGCAGUGAACCUACAAUCGGAAAUGCAGAUGUGGUUCAUUAGGUUCGUGGAAGAGUCGUUAGACAACAAAAACACAGCAAAGCGAUCUUUAGAUAGUAGUUCCAUAGCUGCUGUUCUGUCUCAGCUGAAACAAGUUAACGAGUGGUUGGACCGGGUCGUGUCGAACCAAGAAAACCAGAUCACAACAAUGGCUCCGACAGCCAAGAUCGAGCGGCUGAAGCGCAAAAUCUAUGGAUUCGUUAUCCACCACGUCGGAUCUACAUAUGACAACUCUGCUUCUUGAUUUCAUCUUUUGUUUUCGUAUCUUUAAUGUUCUCACGUUUCCAUGCUCUGUAAUACAAUGGCUCAUGUUUUUAAAGAUAAUCUUUAAGUGCCCAAAAAGUAUUUAGGUGAAAAGAAAGGUUCCGUUUUAUUAAAUAGUUUUUACAGUAACAAGCUUCUUCAACACAUCAUGGCUAAAGAUUUGUUUAUUCAUAGAAUACUUUGUCUACACAAUUUAAA